AUGGCGGGCACGACGACUAUAGUGACCCUCCUCCUUGUACCCGUUCUGGUAUUCUUGCUCUGGCACAUGACGGCGAGUUCACUUCCGCCAGUGCCUUCGAACCUGCGCAACAAGCGCAUCAUCCUCCUGAUCGCGCACCCGGACGAUGAGUCCAUGUUCUUCUCACCGACACUGCAGGCGCUAACGCACCCGGCGCUGCAAAACCAUCUGAAGAUCCUGUGCAUGAGCACAGGCGACAGCGACGGGCUGGGCGAGACACGGCGCAAGGAGAUCGAGGCCGCUGCUGUGACGCUCGGUGUGCGCAGGAAGGAGGACGUGUUCGUGCUCAACGACGCCAGAUUCAAGGACGGAAUGAACCAGACAUGGCGACCAGAGGAGAUCGUGCGCGUGUUGGCGAGCGCGUUUGCGCCUCACCUAAAUUCCACAUUGCCCACCCGCGCUAGCUCCCCCGAAAUAACAUUAUCGACGGAGAAAGAAAAGGAAAAGGAAAAAGAAAAAGACCGCCGGAAAUCCAAAGGACCGAAACACAUUAAAUCGCCGUCCUCAUCCGCCUCUGCUCCCCCCCCUCCGCCGCAGACCGCAGCGGGCCCACGCGCUACCAUCGAUGUGCUCAUAACGUUCGACGCACAGGGCAUCUCCUCACACCCGAACCACAUCGCACUGUACCAUGGCGCCAAACAGUUCAUCCAGUUGAUUAUGAAAGGCCACCCCGGAUACGCCUGCCCCGUGGCACUAUAUACCUUACCAACGGUAAACCUGGCGCGGAAGUACAGCUUCAUCCUAGACGCGAUACCAACACUACUAAGCGGGAUCUACAGGUCUAUCUUCGGCAGCAGCAAAUCCGCCAUUGCCUCGACCGAGUCGAAGCAAGCUACAGUAGCCGACCGCACAGUGUUCGUUAAUGACAUCCCCCGCUAUUGGAAGGCUCGCGAGGCCAUGGUCUCGGGCCACAAGAGUCAGAUGGUCUGGUUUCGUUGGGGCUGGAUUUCCCUCGGCAGGUACAUGGUCGUAAAUGAUUUGCGAAGUGAAAGGGUGCUCGCAACGUGA